AUGCUUUCAAAUUGGUCGGUGCUUUCAUACUUACGUUCAACAUUGCCACAAUUGAGUUUGUUACGAAUAUCUUUAUAUGACUUACCAAAAACUAUUGAUGAUGAAAACUGCGAAAUUAUUCAUUUAUUAACUGUAUUAUUUGUUGUCAUCGGAUUUAUUUAUAUUCUUGAAAGUCAAGCACUAAAUUCAAAUAAUAAAACAUGUAAACCUCUUAAUUGUGGAGGAAAACUAAAGACAUGUCCAUAUGGUUAUCGAAAACAAGAUGGCUAUGAAAUAUGCAAAUGUUAUCAUCUAUGUAAUCCAUCUGAGAAGGCUAUUCUUUGUGGAUCGAAUAAACGAUGUUUUGCUGAUAAAAUAUCUAAUGGAACACUUGUAGAUCGUUGUGGUUUAUCUAAAUCGACAAGAAAUACAAAUAUUUGUGAAGAAGAAAAAGUUGUGGGAUUAUAUGAAGCUGCAUUUCUACGAUUUUAUUAUAAUUCAACAACGAAAACUUAA